UGCCUAUAUCCACAAGUCUCCUCCAAACGAUUUUGCCUACCUAUCUGUUUCUGUAAUCCGUUUUUUCUUGGUUCUUGUGUAACUACUCAAUCAAAGAAGCUCCCCGUAGCCUAAGACGGGAAAUUAAGAUAAUGGCCGGAGUGAGGUUUUCCUGUCUGAAACGUCUCCAGAAAUUUUCAGCCAAGUGUUCUCUGAACUUGGAGUCAGUUCAACCAAAUCACCAUAUUAUGAACCUUGCAAGAUGUGAAGAUUGCGUUCAUGUAAACUUUCCCACUAAUUCAGUGAAUCAAGCUUAUUUCAAAGGAGAGUUACGGUUACCUGUAAAUUUUGCUAAGAACCAGUUUAGAAUUAUGACUUCAGAAAACAGCAACCUCUUGAAUACCAAACCCAGUGCUCCACUUUCUCCUAACUUCUCCAGUUUUAGCCUCCAAAACUCUCUUCCUUUUGCUUCAGUGAAUCUCCUGUUGAAUCAUCGAUCAUAUUCGUCAUCUCUGAGUGGCGAAGGAAGUAGAGAUGGAAGAACUGAUUCUCCAUAUGAUUAUGGAGCAAGUGAUUCUACAGAUAUCAGUCACUGGGCUCAUGAUCUGACUCCAUGUGUUCAACAGUUGUUUGACUCACACCCAUUCCUUAACGAUGUGGUUAUUCCAGUUGGUGUCACAUUGACUGCCACUCUAAUAGCGUGGACUUUGAUGCCUCUGAUUCUGAGGAAGUUUCACGAAAAAGCAAUGCAAAGUUCUGCAACAAUACUUCUGUCCGAGGAGCGACUUCCUUAUGAGAAAAGCAUCUGGGGUGCUUUGGAGGAUCCAUUGCGAUAUAUGAUUACCUUCGUGGCAUUCUCACAGAUUUCUUUAAUUGUGGCUCCAACAAGUGAAGCCUCACACCACCUUGCAGAGGCUUGGAAGGAGGCAGUGAUCUUUUUAUUUACGUGGUUUCUGCAUAGAUGGAAAACAAGUAUCUUGGGACACAUUUCGUCCCGUCAAAGUUUAGUUGGCCAUGGUCAACAUAAAUUGCUUACUCUGCACAGAGUCUCAUCCGCUGGUAUAUUUGGGAUUGGUACAAUGGCUUUGGCCGAGGCUUGCGGGAUCUCUGUUCAAUCUAUUGUAAUUGUUGGCGGUAUAGGAGGAUUUGCCACUGCUUUUGCCGGCAGAGACGUCCUUGCCAAUGUAUUCAGUGGAUUGUCUAUGCAGUCUUCGGAGCCUUUUACAAUUGGAGAUACAAUUAAAGCAGGGUGGGUAGAAGGAGAAGUGAUAGAAAUAGGACUGACAGAAACAUUGUUGGUGAAUGCUGAGAAGAUGGCUGUGAUGGUGCCCAACUCAUAUUUUUGCAGGCAGGUGAUAGUGAUAAAGUCUCGAGCAGAAUGCCGUGGCAUGAUAUCUAAAAUCCCUUUGAAGAUUGAGGCCAUACAAAGAAUUCCCAAGAUAUCAGAUGAGAUAAAAAACAUGCUCAGAACAAAUGGUAAGGUUUUGCUGGGGAAAGGAGCCCCUUACUGUUACUUGUCGCGCAUUGAAACUUCGUACGCAGAAUUGACCCUUGGAUACAACCUCAAACACAUGGGCAAAGAUGAGAUGAGCUAUGCAGAACAAGAGGUCGUGGAGGAGGCAGUGGAGAUUUUAAAGAGGCAUCGUGCUGAUCUUGGCCUCCUUUCCCAUCUCUCAUCUUCUUCCUCUGAUUCAGACUGAUAUGAACAGUCACGAUAUAGACUAACAAGAUUAUCAUAAAUUGUGAAAACUGGCCUCAGAGUCUUGGACUCUGUAUAACUUGUGAAUAUUGGCAUAGAUAUUGAUUCUGUUUUGUGGCUAAGAUGAAUCUCUUGUUCUAUCGCU